AUGCUCUUUCUUUUUUUAAAAAAAGUGCUUCAAAUUUUCUUCCUCCUGUGCCUGUUUCCAGCCAAGUCUGUCGGCUUCCUUCCAUCCCGCUUUCGAGCCAAGUCUGUCGGCUUCCUUCCAUCCCGCUUUCGAGCCAAGUCUGUCGGCUUCCUUCCAUCCUGCUUUCGAGCCAAGUCUGUCGGCUUCCUUCCAUCCCGCUUUCGAGCCAAGUCUGUCGGCUUCCUUCCAUCCUGCUUUCGAGCCAAGUCUGUCGGCUUCCUUCCAUCCUGCUUUCGAGCCAAGUCUGUCGGCUUCCUUCCAUCCUGCUUUUCGAGCCAAGUCUGUCGGCUUCCUUCCAUCCUGCUUUCGAGCCAAGUCUGUCGGCUUCCUUCCAUCCCGCUUUCGAGCCAAGUCUGUCGGCUUCCUUCCAUCCUGCUUUUGAGCCAAGUCUGUCGGCUUCCUUCCAUCCCGCUUUCGAGCCAAGUCUGUCGGCUUCCUUCCAUCCUGCUUUCGAGCCAAGUCUGUCGGCUUCCUUCCAUCCCGCUUUCGAGCCAAGUCUGUCGGCUUCCUUCCAUCCUUUCGAGCCAAGUCUGUCGGCUUCCUUCCAUCCUGCUUUCGAGCCAAGUCUGUCGGCUUCCUUCCAUCCUGCUUUCGAGCCAAGUCUGUCGGCUUCCUUCCAUCCCGCUUUCGAGCCAAGUCUGUCGGCUUCCUUCCAUCCCGCUUUCGAGCCAAGUCUGUCGGCUUCCUUCCAUCCUGCUUUCGAGCCAAGUCUGUCGGCUUCCUUCCAUCCUGCUUUCGAGCCAAGUCUGUCGGCUUCCUUCCAUCCUGCUUUCGAGCCAAGUCUGUCGGCUUCCUUCCAUCCUGCUUUCGAGCCCUGUCGGCUUCCUUCCAUCCCGCUUUCGAGCCAAGUCUGUCGGCUUCCUUCCAUCCCGCUUUCGAGCCAAGUCUGUCGGCUUCCUUCCAUCCCGCUUUCGAGCCAAGUCUGUCGGCUUCCUUCCAUCCCGCUUUCGAGCCAAGUCUGUCGGCUUCCUUCCAUCCUGCUUUCGAGCCAAGUCUGUCGGCUUCCUUCCAUCCGCUUUCGAGCCAAGUCUGUCGGCUUCCUUCCAUCCUGCUUUUCGAGCCAAGUCUGUCGGCUUCCUUCCAUCCCGCUUUCGAGCCAAGUCUGUCGGCUUCCUUCCAUCCCGCUUUCGAGCCAAGUCUGUCGGCUUCCUUCCAUCCCGCUUUCGAGCCAAGUCUGUCGGCUUCCUUCCAUCCCUUUCGAGCCAAGUCUGUCGGCUUCCUUCCAUCCCGCUUUCGAGCCAAGUCUGUCGGCUUCCUUCCAUCCUGCUUUCGAGCCAAGUCUGUCGGCUUCCUUCCAUCCUGCUUUCGAGCCAAGUCUGUCGGCUUCCUUCCAUCCCGCUUUCGAGCCAAGUCUGUCGGCUUCCUUCCAUCCUGCUUUCGAGCCAAGUCUGUCGGCUUCCUUCCAUCCUGCUUUCGAGCCAAGUCUGUCGGCUUCCUUCCAUCCUGCUUUCGAGCCAAGUCUGUCGGCUUCCUUCCAUCCUGCUUUCGAGCCAAGUCUGUCGGCUUCCUUCCAUCCCGCUUUCGAGCCAAGUCUGUCGGCUUCCUUCCAUCCUGCUUUCGAGCCAAGUCUGUCGGCUUCCUUCCAUCCUGCUUUCGAGCCAAGUCUGUCGGCUUCCUUCCAUCCUGCUUUCGAGCCAAGUCUGUCGGCUUCCUUCCAUCCUGCUUUCGAGCCAAGUCUGUCGGCUUCCUUCCAUCCCGCUUUCGAGCCAAGUCUGUCGGCUUCCUUCCAUCCUGCUUUUGAGCCAAGUCUGUCGGCUUCCUUCCAUCCUGCUUUCGAGCCAAGUCUGUCGGCUUCCCUUCCAUCCUGCUUUUCGGAGCCAAGUCUGUCGGCUUCCUUCCAUCCCGCUUUCGAGCCAAGUCUGUCGGCUUCUUCCAUCCCGCUUUGAGCCAAGUCUGUCGGCUUCCUUCCAUCCCGCUUUCGAGCCAAGUCUGUCGGCUUCCUUCCAUCCUGCUUUCGAGCCAAGUCUGUCGGCUUCCUUCCAUCCUGCUUUCGAGCCAAGUCUGUCGGCUUCCUUCCAUCCUGCUUUCGAGCCAAGUCUGUCGGCUUCCCUUCCAUCCCGCUUUCGAGCCAAGUCUGUCGGCUUCCUUCCAUCCUGCUUUGAGCCAAGUCUGUCGGCUUCCUUCCAUCCCGCUUUCGAGCCAAGUCUGUCGGCUUCCUUCCAUCCUGCUUUCGAGCCAAGUCUGUCGGCUUCCUUCCAUCCUGCUUUGAGCAAGUCUGUCGGCUUCCUUCCAUCCUGCUUUCGAGCCAAGUCUGUCGGCUUCCUUCCAUCCUGCUUUCGAGCCAAGUCUGUCGGCUUCCUUCCAUCCCGCUUUCGAGCCAAGUCUGUCGGCUUCCUUCCAUCCUGCUUUGAGCCAAGUCUGUCGGCUUCCUUCCAUCCCGCUUUCGAGCCAAGUCUGUCGGCUUCCUUCCAUCCUGCUUUCGAGCCAAGUCUGUCGGCUUCCUUCCAUCCCGCUUUCGAGCCAAGUCUGUCGGCUUCCUUCCAUCCCGCUUUCGAGCCAAGCCUUAGCUGGGGUUUUUUCUGUCUUGUUUCCCCUGUUUUUCUUCGCCGUGUCUUGUUUCCCCUGUUUUCUUCGCCGUGUCUUGUUUCCCCUGUUUUUUUCUUCGCCGUGUCUUGUUCCCCUGUUUUUUCUUCGCCGUGUCUUGUUUCCCCUGUUUUUCUUCGCCGUGUCUGUUUUUUUCGCCGUGUCUUUUUCCCCUGUUUUUCUUCGCCGUGUCUUGUUUCCCCUGUUUUUCUUCGCCGUGUCUUGUUUCCCCUGUUUUUCUUCGCCGUGUCUUGUUUCCCCUGUUUUUCUUCGCCGUGUCUUGUUUCCCCUGUUUUUCUUCGCCGUGUCUUGUUUCCCCCUUUUUUUUCUUCGCCGUGUCUUGUUUCUGUUUUUUCUUCGCCGUGUCCCUGUUUUUCUUCGCCGUGUCUUGUUUCCCCUGUUUUUCUUCGCCGUGUCUUGUUUCCCCUGUUUUUCUUCGCCGUGUCUUGUUUCCCCUGUUUUUUCUUCGCCGUGUCUUGUUUCCCCUGUUUUUUUUCGUGUCUUGUUUUGUUUUUCUUCGCUGUGUCUUGUUUCCCCUGUUUUUUCUUCGCCGUGUCUUUUUCCCCUGUUUUUCUUCGCCGUGUCUUGUUUCCCCUGUUUUUCUUCGCCGUGUCUUGUUUCCCCUGUUUUUCUUCGCCGUGUCUUGUUUCCCUGUUUUUCUUCGCCGUGUCUUGUUUCCCCUGUUUUUCUUCGCCGUGUCUUUGUUCCCCUGUUUUUUCUUCGCCGUGUCUUGUUUCCCCUGUUUUUCUUCGCCGUGUCUUGUUUUGUUUUUUUCCGUGUCUUGUUUUUUUUUUCGCCGUGUCUUGUUUUGUUUUUCUUCGCCGUGUCUUGUUUUUUUUCUUCGCCGUGUCUUGUUUCCCCCCUUUUUUUUUUUUCUUCGCCGUGUCUUGUUUCCCCCUUUUUUUUCUUCGCCGUGUCUUGUCCCCCCUUUUUUUUUUCUUCACCGUGUCUUUCCCCCCGUGUCUUGUUUUUUCUUCACCGUGUCUUGUUUCCCCCCCUUUUUUUUUUCUUCACCGUGUCUUGUUGCCCUUUUUUUUCCUUCGCCGUGUCUUGUUUCCCCCUUUUUUUUUUCCUUCGCCGUGUCUUGUUUCCCUUUUUUUUUUUUUCCUUCGCCGUGUCUUGUUUGCCCCUUUUUUUUUUCCUUCGCCGUGUCUUGUUUCCCCUUUUUUUUUCCUUCGCCGUGUCUUGUUUCCCCUUUUUUUCCCCCUUCGCCGUGUCUUGUUUUUUUUUUCCUUCGCCGUGUCUUGUUUCCCCCUUUUUUUUCCUUCGCCGUGUCUUGUUGCCCCCCUUUUUUUUUUUUUCGCCGUGUCUUGUUGUCGUGUCUUGUGCCCCCCCUUUUUUCUUUUGACCUGUCAUUGUUUUCUUUCUCAUUUCGUCGUUCAUAGUUUUUACCUUUUUUUAACUGUUUUCUUUAUUCAAUUCCUUUGUUCUUUUUCAUUCUUUUUUUUUAAUUUCUUUCUAUUCCUAUUUACCAUUUCGCCCUCAUGCUUUUUUUUUUUUUUUUUGCUUCAUCCUAAGUUCCUUUGUCCCCCCUUCUUAAUUUUCCAACUCACGCUUCCUUAUUCAGUUGUCAUUUCUUUAUAUACAAUUGUUUCUCUUCAGAUACCACAUUUUAUUCAUGUUUACUGUCUAUAUUUUUCAUGUUCAUAUUUAUUUAUUUCAGUCUACCAUGUUUCCUUAUUUGUCGCCAUAUUGCUUUCUUCUACCUUAUACUAUUAUUUUUUUCUACGCAUUUAUAAAAUUUUCUUUUCUUUUAUCUAUUCAUAUUCUUUUUCCCUAUUUGACAUCCUCUCAACCAUAUUCUUUUUUUAUAUCUUCCUUAUUUUAGUGCUUCCUGUGCAUUACGAUCGCUUACCGUUUAUCUCUUAUUCAAAAUCAGAUGCAAGGUAUUUAAGUUGGGAAAGCGCCACCAAUACUAAGAAGGAUAAAAAGAUGGCACCGAUUGGUCUCUUUCAAGUUCUUAAGAGCCAUUCGCUUCCUUUCAUCACCUGUUGA